UGGAAAUGUGACUUAAAACGGCACGUCAUCUCCGGUUAUCACACAUGUGUUUAGAUUUGGUUUUGAAUAAGUCAGAGAUCACGGUUUGUGUAUAGAUAAUCAGAAAUAUGGAAUGUGGAUGCAAUCUAGGUGCAGAAAGAUAAUGAUAAUUCGUAAAUAAAUAUUACUUUGGCAGUUUUUUUCAUAUUAUGAAUUAGAAUUGCAACAUAUAUAUCAUUUCCAUGUAGAUUACGCAACUAUUUGCCGGUCUUUUUUGCUAUCGUUUGAUAUUCUAUCUUUAAGAUCAACAAACAAUAAAAAUGUAUACGUGGGUUAGAUAGCCUAGUACUUAAAUUCAGAAACAGUGCCUACGUGGUUUAAUAUUUUGCUGUACUUAUUUUAUACUAGAAGUAUAUUCAUCAUUAAAAAUGUCUUCCAAUGGUUGUAUUUUCGUCACUGGAGGUGCUGGAUAUGUAGGAAGUCAUUCAAUCUUAGAGCUUCUCAAAAGUGACUAUGAGGUUGUUGCUGUAGAUAAUUUUUCUAAUUCUAGUCCAGGAGAUGACUAUAGUAUGCCUGAAAGCCUAAACAGAGUACAGAAAUUAGCUGGAAAAUCACUAACCUUUUAUAAAAUAGACCUUUUAAAUAGAGAUGAUUUAAGGAAAAUUUUUGAAAAGCAUUCAUUUUCAUGUGUAGUACAUUUUGCAGCAUUGAAAGCUGUUGGAGAAAGCUGUCGUGUUCCACUGGACUAUUACAAAAAUAAUGUGGGUGGAACUAUAACAUUGUUAGAGGUGAUGAAAGAAUUUAAUGUAAAAAGGAUGGUAUUUUCAAGUUCAGCUACAGUUUAUGGUGUCCCAGAAUACUUGCCUAUCGAUGAAUGUCAUCCAGUAGGUUCUACCUGUACAAAUCCAUAUGGGCGAACUAAAUACUUUAUUGAAGAAAUUCUAAAGGAUGUGUGCAAAUCUGAAAAAGGCUGGUAUGUAACAUUACUCAGAUACUUUAAUCCUGUUGGAGCUCAUGAAUCUGGUCAGAUUGGUGAAGAUCCUCAGGGUAUACCUAAUAAUCUCAUGCCUUACAUAUCUCAAGUAGCUGUAGGACGCAUAAAAGAGCUUCAGGUUUUUGGAAACGAUUAUAACACUGUUGAUGGUACUGGUGUUAGAGAUUAUAUUCAUGUUAUGGAUUUGGCUGAAGGUCAUGUUGCUGCAGUGAAUGAAAUUCUGAAGGAGAGUAGUGAUGGCUGCAAGGUUUACAAUCUUGGUACUGGUGAAGGUUAUUCUGUGUUACAAGUGAUCAGAGCUUUUGAAGAUGCUUGCAAUGUAAAAAUUCCUUACAAGAUUGUUGGCCGUCGAGAAGGGGAUGUUGAUAGCAUAUAUGCUGAUGUUUCAUUGGCAGAGAAAUGCUUAGGAUUCAAAACAAAACGUUCUUUGAAAGAUAUGUGUGCUGAUACUUGGAGAUGGCAAUCAAAUAAUCCAAUGGGAUACAAGACUUCAUAAUUAUUCAAAAUUUAUAAGAUUGAAUACAUCUUUGAAUAUAUACUUUUUUUUUGCACCAAAAAUAUGAAACUAGUCUUCUCAUACUAAAUGUGUUUUAUGAUUUUUAUCUAAAUGUGAUAGGAUCUUGUUAGUGAGGAAUCUAAAAUUUUUAUUAAAUUUAUUCAUUAUGUUAAACUGUUUUGUAUUGUUGGAUUUUGUGUAAAGAGGUUUCGUAAUAUGCAGGUUUAUAUAAUUUUAGUUUGAAUAAGGUAUCUUAAACUAUACUGCAUGCCUUAAUCAUCCAUUUAAAAAAAUCUGAGAAUUGCAAAUAUUUUUAUUUGGUGUGCAUUUAUUAGUUUCUAAAUAAAAUAUGGCAAAAAUAAUUAAAUACUUUCCUUUCCAAAAUAAUAUUUUAAAUGAACUUCUUUUCAUCUAUUCUCCAUUUUCAGUCUAUUUUUUCCCUUAAAAAGUUUAGAAAUCUUAUCUGGAAACAUCCAUUCAAAUUUAUUAAAUUAUAGUCUUUGUAUUUUCUGUAGGCGGUUCAAGGUCACAUUUUUUACCGCAUUACUGGUACCAGACAACCAAUAAUGAGGUAGAAAAUGUGACCUUCAAUCCCUACAGAAAAUACACAGGCUAUAAUAAAAAUAAAACUGCUGGUUAAACAUUUAUGUAAAAAUGACUCUUUAAAUGUAUCAUUAAGGGCUAUAACUUUUUGAAUUUUAUAUUUUUACAUUUUUUUUAAAUCCAAACUUAUUUUUCCAAAAUCAAAUUGAUUUUUUUCAUGCAUAUUUUUGAUUUAUAAAUUUAUGGAGAAAGCAGUUUAAAUAUUCCUUGUUCUAAUUUUGUGAAUAGCAGAAAACUAUAACUGUUUAUUAUUACAAUUUUAUAUAUAAUUAUUUAAAUCGUUUCUAUUUUUAUAUAUUUUACUUAUUUGUUAUUUAUUUUUCAAAAACAUAUUUAUCAAAUACCUUUUUAAAUUUCUUUUGGCAUUUCUUAAAAGAAAUGUAUUAUGUCAUGCAUUUCUUUGCUUUUUAUACGUUUUGUUGAUUGCAUUUAGCCAUUUCACACUUAUGUGGAUAUCACAAAGUAUUUAAAACAGCACUUUAAUACAUUAUGUAUAUAGUUGUAUGCUUGGAAUUGCUUGUAUAUCUGGACACUGCCAACUGUUAAGCAAUGGUCACAAAUUUUCACAUUUGGCUGUUUUUUUAAACUCUAAUAAAUCUAGAAUGUUAAUUUGCUCAAUUACAAAUAAUGGAAACUCAUAUUGCUAAUUAAUAACAGUGUUCUGUUGGAUGUAUAUUAUUUUAGUACAAUGUGAUUGACCGUUUUAGUUAAUUUAUCAGCAAAAUUGUGUUUUUAAUGUGUGUUCUUUCACAUUGUAAAACUAAAUCUUUUGUUGUUAAUAACAGUUCUUAUUAGUCUUGGUAAAAUUACAAUCAUAUGAGCAGUACAGUUACAACAUCAACUAUAAUAUUAUAACUAGAAAAACAACUAUCAAUGAAUAGUAUUUUUGGAUGAUCUAAUUAUACUAAUUUUGUUCGCUGUCUUUUAUAUAUUUAUAAUCUAGUACAGUUAAUAAGUAGAGCUUUUAACACUACCCAUUUUAGAAUACAAAAUUCAAAAAUAAGUCAUAAACUGAACAAGCCACUGAUGUACAGUUGCAUGGCAACUAGGGGACAAAUGAGUUAUAUAUGAUUUGUGUGCUAAUCUUAUGGGUUAAUAUGGAAAUAAAACAUAAGUGCUAUUAUGCCAGUUUUCAAAGUUAUGUAUGAUAUAAGGACAAAAAAAAAAAAAAAAGUACUAUUUCUUGCUUUCUGUUUAUCUUUAUCAAACCAGUGAUAAUGGCUGGGGGGGGGGUAAAAAUUAUAUUAUACCUCAGGUAAUGCAAGAAAUUGACAAUUUUUAACAUGCUUACAAAGUAGCACGAGUAUCUAUAAAACUUGAUACUUAGAAUUAAAAGCAAAAGACAAUUACAAACUUUUCACAAUCAACUGCAAAACAGUUACAAAUUCUAAUGAUGAAUGCUUUUUAAUUACAAAAUAAUGUCAAAUUUUUAUUAUUUUUAAUAUGUUCUAUUGUGAAUCAAAAUAUUUGGAAACAAUGUUUUUUUUUAUUGCAUAUUUCUCUUUCAAACAGUUUUUUACUUAGCUCUUGUUAAGUUAUCAUUUGCAUGUAUUUAUUUAUAUGCAAAGUCAGCCCCAUCUAUUUGUGAAACUUAAUAUAUCAUAAAAGCAGGCUUAUCUAUUAAUCGGUAUAAUUUCUAGAAAAUAUACUAUCAUUCAUUACAGACCAUCUACAAAUUUUUAAAUUAAGUUCAAUUUUUAAAACAACAAUACAACAUUUAAUAUAGCUAUAUAAUUGCUUAUAAUCAAGAUUUAAAUAUCCCAUUCGUGGAUUAUAUCCUUAUAGUUUAUGGAAUAUAAAUUUUAAUAUCCAUUAAUUUCUUUUUUAGAUUAUUUUUACCCAUUCAUUUUUUUAUAUAUAUAUUCCAUAUUAUUGUGUUUUGCUUUGACUGUACAGGAGAUUUCUUUGUGAUGUAGCUUAAUUAUUUUGUUGAUAAUUUCUGUGUUAGCAUUUUUGCUUGACAUUUAUCAAAUUCUAUUGGGUAGUUCCUUUUAAAACCAAAGUUGAAUUUGUAUUUAUGUUUAUGAAUAUCUAUGGACUGGUUGUAUUUCAUCAGACUGUAUCCGUUCUUGUUAUUUAAUGUUUAUUUUAUUUAAUUGCACAAAUGAUCAAAUUAUUUGUUAGUAUCAUGUUUCUUUGGUUGUUGAAGAGAAUGGAUUUUAUUAUCGAUAUGUGAAUUAUGAUUUUGGUUUUUAUUUUAUUGCAUGAUUCUUUGAAUCUAGUCUUGUCUUUUUUUCUUAAUUUGCCAAUGUCACCUUAAUAAUUAAAUUUAAUAUGUGAUAAUAGGAAUAUACCAAAUCAAUUUAAUAAUCAUAUUCACAUACAAUUCUUUCAUAUAAGUGUAUGAUUAUAUAUUAAUGAGGAAAUAACAUUAUUGUUUCAGUUAAAUUAUUUUGUUUGUAGUCAAGUUUGUUUAAAAAAAUUUUAUUCUUUGUUAAAAAUGUGAUGGAACUUGGUUAACUUUAAACGUUUUAAAUUGAAAAUCUUAAAAAAUAGAAAUGUUUUAUCUAAUUCAUGACAUUUUCCAUAUUUCUCAUUUAUUUUUAUUAAUCAAAAUUUAAAAAUUAUAAUUAUUACUUACUGAUUAUUAAUUAUGCAUUAUUAACUAAAAUUGAAUUUUAAAAUUUUUCUUUUGUUGUAUUUUUUUUCAUUUAAAUUUCAUGAAAUUAAGUUCUACUGCACAUUAUUAUUUUUACCUAUAAUUGUUAGAAGAUAUAUCUUUUAUAUUCUUUUAUAAUAGAAUUUUGUUUACUGAAUCCGGGUACUAUUUCAACAAUUGUUUUUCCUCUAUUUCUCAAAGGAAAAACAAGAAACAAUUUUAUCACUGAAAAAAAUUUUUACUCAUAAAAUAAUGCCUUAUGUUUAAUAGUAAUCUGUCAUAUCUUUCGUCCAAAGUGUUCCAUUCUUUUAAAAUUUUGCAGUAUAUUUCCGUGAUCUAUCUCUAUUUUAAUUUUUUGUAUACGAAUAAUUGUAAUUAUAAGUUAUUAUUCUAAUUUUUCUUUAAUGUUCCUAUUAUAAAUGAUAAGUGCCAUGGUUAACAAUCUGUUCUUACCUUGGAAUUUUUAUUUGAAAAAUGAUGCCACUAAAAUAUGAAUGGAAUUACUUGUGAACAAAGCAUUUUUUAAUACUAUUUUGUAUUCUUCAGUAGUUCUUCAAAGCUAGUCAAAGAUUAAAGAG